AUGAAGCGGCGUUAUGAAGCGGCGAAGAGGGGGUUUUCAGGAGAUCUCCAGCAGAUGAUUAGCUCCCCAUUGAAUAAGGUUUUAGGAGAGACGGUGAACGGACCCGUGAGGCAGACUACCUCCGUGAAGGGACGCCCGGGACCUGAGAAGACGAAUUCGCGAAGAAGCAGGAGGACAGGACAGGAAGACAAGGUCAUGAACGUGUGUUCAAGCAGGGACGUUAUUGACCUUUUUGGGGAGGGGUUCGUGAUACCGAGAUGA